GAUUUUAAUGAAUGUAACAUUGCUGUGUAACAUUCUAUAUCCACAAAACUGCUUUAAAUAUAUCAACAUACAUUGCUACAUGAAUAAGUCAGCUAUGAUGGCAUGACAUUUGGUAGGCCUACUGGUUAGAGUAUUUCCAGCGUGGUCCAUCCAUGAGACUGGAUCGUUGUCAGAGACAUCGUUUUGAAUACUUUAAGGCAAGCUUGAAUCAGGAAGCUUUGAUAUGAGUCCUGUUUCCUGUUCUGUUGUAGAACGCAGAGUUGUGAUGAAUGCGUAAGAGAGACUACAAUCUUCCUCUGCAACGACAGAACAACUUGAGUGUAGAGUGUGUCUGUGUGCUGGUCACCCACUGAGAAGAUGACAACGCCAGACUACUAUGCUUAUUAUAAUGAAAAUGCGUCCUACCCAGAUGAGGACCUACGACUGUAUGCCCCGUGCGACGUGAAGGAGACGUGGAACUUCAUCCGCAGUUUCGCGCCCGUGGCGUACAGCCUGGUGUUUGUGCUGGCGCUGGUGGGCAACGUGCUGGUGCUGUGCGUGGUGCGGCGCUACCGGCAGGCCCAGCGCGGGCCCUGCUCCUUCUCGCUGACCGACACCUUCCUCCUGCACCUGGCCGUGUCCGACCUCCUGCUGGCCUUCUCGCUGCCCUUUUUCGCCGUGCAGUCGGCCGACUCGUGGGUCUUCGGCACGGCGGCCUGCAAGGUGGUGGGCGCCAUGUUCUCGCUCAACAUCUACUGCGGCGUGCUCUUCCUGGCGUGCAUCAGCUUCGACCGCUACCUGGCCAUCGUGCACGCCGUCAGCGCCGGCUGGCGCCGCAACGGCUGCCACGCGCAGGUGGCCUGCGCCCUCAUCUGGACGGCGUGCCUCGGCCUGGCCGCCGUGGACGUGCAGUUCCGCCAGGUGCUCACCGUGAGCGGCGUGCAGGUCUGCAAGAUGCAGUUCGCCAGCGAGUCCUCCAAGCAGAUCCAGGUGGGCCUCCAGCUGAUGAACCUGGCGCUGGCGUUCGCGCUGCCCCUGCUGGUCAUGCUCUACUGCUACGUGCGCAUCUUCCGCGCCCUCUGCCACGCCUCGCGCCGCCAGAAGCGCAAGUCCCUGCGGCUCAUCGUCUCGCUGGUGGUGGUGUUCGUCGUCUCCUGGGCGCCCUACAACGGCCUGCGCCUCGUCGACAGCCUCAUCGUGCUGGACGUGGUGCCCAGGGGCUGCGACGCGAUGCACGCCAUCGACAUGGGCACGGUGGUGGCCGAGAGCAUGGGCCUGGCGCACUGCGCCCUCAACCCGCUCCUCUACGGCUUCGUGGGCAUCAAGUUCCGCCGCGAGCUGGCCCAGAUGUUCAAGGCGGCGCUGAGCCCCCGCGGCGGCUGCCAGGAGCUGGGCAGCUGGUGGCGCGGGUCCAGGCGUCGCACGGCCGGCUCCUUCAGCUCCGUCGAGAGCGAGAACACGUCCUACUUCUCGGUCGUGGUCUGAUCUUGGACACCGAGAGAUCAAAAAAAAAAUGUUGAAGAGGGUAAGAAAAGAGGGUGAGAAAAGAGGAUGAGGGAAGAGAAGAGGGUGAGAAAAGAGGGCGAGAAAAGAGGAUGGGUUUGAGAGGGAAAUAAUGGUGGGAUGAAGUGUGAGACAUAAGAAAGAGAAUUUAAUGUUUUGAGCGAGAUUUGAAAUAUUGUAUGAGAUCGGGAAAUGAUAAAGCCUCCACUGAGAACCACUUCUGUAAAUAGAUAAGAGAAAGGAACAUAGUGUCCAGUGGCAAUGGACAACCUCCAAUGUAUAUUUUUAUAGACGUGAACCGGUGCAUUUCAAUAUUAUGUAUCUUUCUUUAUGUUUGUUGUGAGUCACAGACUUGUGCUCAUUUGUGAGACGCAUGCAGAAAAACAAGGCAUGAAAACCUGACCAGACUUGUCACAUUUGAAACAGAUUUUAUCAUCAGUUUCACAGUGGCUUCCCGCAGACUUAGUCACACCUAUGCUUCUCCUAUUUUGCUUUCACUCAGAGAGAAUAAACAUGGGUUUCACAUGUCUACAACUCAGCAUUUCAUUAGAUUUCAUGGCUAAUGUUGGAAAGGUAACACUUUAUCUGUGCCUCUGUACUCUCGUCAUAGCACCAUCUGUAACACCUCUGCUAUAGGAAGAGGCCUAUCACAUUUAUGCGGCCAACAUAACCGCUUAAGGCCUAGCCUAACCACAUCAGGUUUUGAUGUUUCACAAACAUAUUUGUUGUUGGUUUAACCACCAAAGUUACAGCCUUGAAAUCCAUGGGUCUUGGUUGAGGUGGUGGAAUCUCUUAUCUACGUUAUAUUCUUUUCAACAAGUGGUGUUCCCUAUUCAGCCAUGCUCUGCAACAGCAGCAGAGCUGUAGUAUGGCAUGUCUUACUGUAUAUCUCCUCCUCCUUGAAUCUUGAAGACUAAAGGUAAUUUUACCGAGCAUUAGGAUGUCUUCCAUUAGGCCACUGUCCAUUUCCAUUCUUAGGUGUGUGUCCUGUAUAAUUAAAACUUAGUUAAGCAUGUAAAUAGCACUAUUUUUAGAUACACUCUGUCUCAAAAGUGAUACAUUUUUUUUUCAAAACAGUUUCAAAUUUUUUAUUUGUAUUUUUCUUUACAUUAAAUGUUUUUUUCCCUCUA